CUUAUUUUGAGCACUUGGCCAUGGCGUUCAGCGGCGCCCAGAUGCUCGCUGCCUUCACCCUCGGCAUUCUCCUCAUGGCCUUCUGUGCGGAGGCUCGGGUAUGCAUGUCCCCUAGCAAGUGGUACAAAGGGGACCCUUGCAAGAACGUGCGUUGCACCAAGGCUUGUCACAAAGAACACUUCAAGGGUGGGUUUUGCUCCACUAAAAAGUUGAUCGUUGAUGACGAGCUCAACGAAGACAACAGCGACAACAGCUUUGGCAAAUGGCCUAAGAAAAAAAAUGAAAAAAUCGUGCAUGUGUACAUUCCCAUGCGGUCAAACCCCGCCACCACCGUCGGAACCUGAUGUGCCAGAGCCGCCCG